AUGGCCUUUUCGCAGGAUGUCCUUUUGGGCUAUGUGGGCCGCCAGCUGGGACCAGAGGAGCUAGAUGUUCGACUCAGCCGCUUUGGAGGUACUCCAGUUUGGAGCAAAGAGCCCUCGUCAGAGUCGAUGCUUCGAAGGCCAGACUUCUUCAAUUGCAGACUUUGUGGCAAGCCGCUGGUUCUCUUCACCCAGAUCGCCGCAGGCUAUGGGGACCGGCCCAAACGGCUGCUCCACGUCUUCACCUGUCGCGCAAGUGAGUGUAGCAGUGAUCCGCUCUCCUGGCGAGUGUUGAGAAGUACUGGAAAGCUUGCGACCGAAGCCGCAGAGGACGUGGGCCAUCACCGGGAUCCUCAAAGCCAAGGAUCAGGCUACCCGACAUCUUCUGCAACGGGAGAUGAUUGGAGUGUUGCCUCGCCUGCCGACGACUGGAGCCAGCCAGGCUGCGCGGCGUCUGCGAAAACUGUCGCGGACGAUGACUGGGGUGCCGCCAGGGCUGCCGACGACUGGAGCCAGCCAGGAGCUUCGGCCACAGCUGCCGACGACGAGAUUGAGGCCCUCCUGGCACAGCGGAGCACCUCUGCGCCUGUUGCGAAGGUGCCAGCAACACCGGCUAAAGCCAAGAAGGCUCCUUUGGAAGCCGAGGAAGCUGAGUGGCAAGGUGUGGUGGCCAACGUGGGAAGGGAAGAUCCUUUGCCCUGCUUGUCCAUCACCAUCGACUACGAACCGGCGCCGGAGGAGGCGGCCGGCGAGCACGAGCAAGAGCUGCUGCAGAGAUAUUUGCACAGCGAGCUCGCCGAGGGAGAGGUGGAUCAGAUGAUAGCCUCCGGAGCACUGCCGAAGGAGCUGCAGGCGGAGGUGGAGAGCCUUCGCCAAGAAGCUCAGCAGGAGGUGACGAAUGACAGCGAGGUCUACAGCUACUUCGAGAGCCGCGGCUGCGACCGCGAAGGCUGGAACGAGGUCUGCUUCUUCGGACUCCAGUACUUCAUCAAGCGCUACCUGUGUGGUCAGGUCAUCACUCGCGCGAAGAUUGACGAGGCCGCAGAGCUCUGCGCCGAGCACUUCCAAGGCGACGGCCUCUUCUACAAGGAGGGCUUCGAGUACAUCCUCAAGAAGCACGGAGGACGGCUUCCGAUUGAGAUCAAGGCUCUCCCAGAAGGCAUGGUGGUGCCGACGAAGACAGCGCUCUUCACCAUGGUAAACACGGAUCCCGAGUGCUUCUGGCUGACCAACUUCCUCGAGACGCUCUUGGUUCAGGUGUGGUAUCCGAUGACUGUUUGCAGCAACAGCCGCUACCAGAAGAUCUCCAUUCAGAAGGCGCUGGAGGAGACGGGCAUGACAGAAUGGGCACUACCGGGAGGAUCCGGCUUCAAGUUGCACGAUUUCGGCUUCCGCGGAGUGUCCUCUGUGGAGUCCGCGGCCAUCGGAGGAGCUGCCCACUUGGUGAACUUUGUUGGCACUGACACUGUCGCUGCCCUCCUCUGCUGCAAGAAGUACUACGGAUCAGCGAAAGCUGCCGGAUUUUCGAUCCCAGCAUCGGAGCACUCGACGAUCACCUCCUGGGGCGUGAACGGCGAGGCAUCGUCUCAGUGUUGGAGGAGCGUUUAG